CCCUUGCGGGUUGCGCUCAAAGUGCACACAGGUCUCCUCAGCAGAAGAUUGAGAAAUUAAAGUAGGCUAACCAGGAAACAUAGUGACUGUUGGCCUCGUGCAAUAAAUCGCUUUAUUUUACUGUUGGUCAUGGUGUUUUUGUGCUAUUCCAGUCCAAAGACCAUGGUUGACAAGACGUUUCUGGAAUGAGUGAAACUUUUUAGGAUCCAAUCCAUGAUGUGAAAUUCGUUCUAACCGAAGUGGAAUAUAAACGCCAAAAGGGACGGCUAACAUUUGAUUUGAUCACAACAUGGUUUAGUAUGAUAAACCAGUGAGUAUUCACAAUGGACAUUCUAGGUAGGUGCUUGUGGUGUUGUCAAACUGUUUUCCCAUGUUUUAAUAAACCGCCUUCAGAAUCAGAGCGGGGGAAGGAGAACAGCGAAAUCGUGGUGAUCAAAAACAUUCAUGCGGAGCAUCCCACCGACAGGGCUUUGCCACCAAUACCCCUUGGGAGACCUGGCUACGUUUAUAUCGCCCUCUAUGAUUAUGCUGCACGAACCGUGGAGGACUUGAGUUUCAAUGCUGGGGAUAAGUUAGACGCUCUAGACAAAGGUGCUGGUGAUUGGUGGUAUGCAAAAGCACUCACUGGAAUUUCAGCUGCCAAGAAGGGUUACAUUCCAGCCAAUUAUGUGGCGCCUGUGGAGAGCCUGGAUGCGGAGCCAUGGUACUUUGCAGACACCAAGAGAGUGGAUGCUGAGAAGCUGCUUCUGUCUGAGGGGAACCAGCAUGGAGCCUUUCUCAUCAGACACUGUGAGAGUCAGAAAGGAGAGCUCUCACUCUCAGUACUGGACCAGUGCAAAGUGAAGCACUACAAAGUAAGGAAGAUGGACUCUGGAGGCUACUACGUGUCCACGUCCAAGAACUUCCUAACUCUGAGGGAGUUGGUGGAACACUACUCAAAACAGGAGGAUGGUCUCUGUGUACGGCUGCUUGAACCAUGUAAAAAGAUGGAGGUGCCUCAGACCCAUGGUCUGUCCUACAACACUGCCGACCACUGGGAGAUAGACCGGACGUCUGUCAAACUGCUGAAUAAACUGGGCGCUGGGCAAUUUGGAGAGGUUCAUGAAGGCCUCUGGAACGACACCACUGCAGUAGCAGUGAAGACCCUCAAACCUGGCACCAUGGACGCGAAGGACUUCCUACAGGAGGCCCAUAUCAUGAAGACACUGCGGCACCCCAAACUGAUCCAGCUCUACGCUGUGUGUACUAUGGAGGAACCCAUCUACAUCAUCACAGAGCUCAUGAAGAAUGGCAGUCUGCUGGAUUAUCUCCAAAAGGACAAGGGUACGCAGCUGGUAAUCUCAGACCAGCUAGAGAUGGCGGCCCAGGUGGCUGCUGGGAUGGCUUACCUGGAGCUGCAGAACUACAUCCACAGAGACCUGGCAGCCCGCAACGUUCUGGUGGGAGAGAACAACAUUUGCAAGGUGGCUGACUUUGGCCUCGCCAGAGUCUUCAUGAUGGAGAGUGACAACGUUUACGAAGCUAAAGAGGGCACUAAGUUCCCUGUGAAAUGGACCGCCCCAGAGGCCAUCCACAGCGGCAAGUUCACCAUCAAGUCUGACGUGUGGUCCUUCGGCAUUCUGCUAUAUGAGAUCAUGACCUUCGGUGGGAUGCCCUAUCCAACCAUGACCAACUACGAGGUGGUCCAGAAGCUGCCCACAGGCUACAGGAUGCCGAACCCAUUACGCUGUCCCAAGGUGAUGUAUGAGAUCAUGUCUGACUGCUGGAAGGAGAGUGAGAACGACAGACCCACCUUUGAGACCCUACAGUGGAAGCUAGAGGACUUCUUUGACCUGGAUGUGACCUCCUACGAUGACGCCAACCAUUAUUAGUACUGUACUGUAUACAGGGAUCAAUGAUGCUCUGCUCAUGGGUCAGCAGAGGAAAGUAGGGUAUGUCCACUGUGCCACAAGUAAUAUAAUCAAAUAUGAAGGGUAUUUCAUACUCCCAACAGUUUGUAUCUAGCAUGCAGAUAGCAUUGAUUUUAGCAUAGUUUAACUGCCCUCUCCCUGAUCACAUUAUGGUUGAAUAUCUAUUUUUUUUAGGAUUAUAUUUUGCGGACGAACACGUGGGACCAUAUAAUGUUUGAUCAGAAAAUAUUGUUUGUGGAGGUUUAAUUUGGCUGCUCAUGUAUUGUCAUUAAAGAAAGUCCAACAUGACUAUGACUGAUAAUCCUCUAUUGUAACUGUCGUUUGUGACACUCCCACUAGUUAAGAUUUUGUUCGCCAAACUUAUUGCACUUUUAAAUGGGUGAUACUGAGACUGCUAAACAAACUAGAUGCUCUUUGAUGAAGUCACAAACUCUGUCCGUGGCCCGGUUGGGCUUUCAUAACAACAGCUGCUCUCCGGUAAGACUGAUGGAGCUAUCUAGAUUUGGCAAAAUAGUUCUGCAUUCACUCCGCAUUCUUCCACUGCUUGGCUGCCAAGUAUUCAUCAGGCGUAUGUUGUUGGUUUUGCAUUAUCCACUCUGAAGCAUGGUGAGACAGGGCACUAUGUCACUGAACACUCGUGAAUAGAUUGGAAUGACCGAGUAAUGUUGAUAGAAUAUUUUCACAGAAAGAGUAGAUAUGAUUCAACUGGACAGAAUUGGAUUUUGAGGGAAGGAUUUAGAGAGUAAAUCUUAUUGUACAUUCACCUAAUGUCUAUGUAUGUCAUAGUGGGGAUGCUGUUAUUGUGCAAUAGGAACUGGAAUUGAAUAACCGGGCAGACUGCUUGCUCUCCACACUGCAGUGGCCUUUUGUUGAUUGAAUGAUGUAUCGGAGGUGUUGGAUUGUGCCACCUUCUUUCUCAUUCUAACAUGCCUCUUUCAUGGAUCAAUGACUGGAAGGUUUUGACACUGGACUUAUUUGGUGAGACCGGAAUUGUCCAAGUGCUUGUUGAUAAUUACCAAUCACUUUAUCAAAUAUUUUAUAUGUUUUUAAAAAUGUCUGAUUUGUACGUGUAGAUCAUAACCUGUAUGCAAGUGUACACUUUAUCAGAAAAACAAGAUUGUUUCCUUAAAUGUGUUUAUUGAAAGAUGAAUUGAAUGUCAUGUUGAUACAUAAGAAUAAGACUCUUUUUUUUGUAUAAUUUUUUUUUAAUAAGUCAUCUGUGGUGAGAAUCUACACUGAACUAAAAAAUAUAAAUGCAACAUGUAAAGUGUUGGUCCCAUGCUUCAUGAGCUGAAAUAAAAGACCCCUGAAAGACCCCAUACACACA